UUUUCUGACGGGCGAUGAACCGGCCAGUUUAAAGGAUUUGUGCCUCAAGUUGUUGACCAUUGUGGCCACGGGGAUGGAUAAUGUGGGCCAGAAUGCGCUCCUGGAGUACGUCAUGGUCAACAGCGUGUAUGAAAGCCUCAUUCAUCUAUUGUUUCAAGCCGAGUCCCGGGUGUGCCACGGACAUUCGGCCGUGUUACUGCUCACUAUCUUAAUCCAGUAUAAGAAAUAUGAGUCGUCCAAUCCGUACAGCGUGAAGUUAUCCAUUCUGGACCAAGAGAUGCCCCUUCAUGGGUACGCUAAUGUCAUUACCAACAGUUUGAUCACGUACACUCAAAGUUACGAGGCCUCACUCUCAGAUCAAGUGAGCUCGGGCUGGUUGAGCUCCAUCACGUCCAUGGUGGGCAAUAUGUUCGUGUCCGACGAAGGCAGUCCUCGUAUUGAGCAAAUGCGGGCCCGCAAUGCCGUCCUCCUGGCUUUGUACCAAGCCGUACAUUUAAACCGAAACUUCAUCGCCACGUUAGCCGAGUACCAAACCGAGGCGGCCAGUCCCAAACUAAGCCCAUCGCAGAAUCCCGCACAAUUGAAGGAGAAGACUGUGGCCAUGAUUCCGGCCGGGUCAGCGUCAUUAAAUACGCCUGGAGCCGUGGCUGCGGCCAAUGCGGCUCCGAGCAACUUGUUGGUCACGUUCUUGGAAUAUUGUUCCAUCGUCAUGCAGGAUACCAAGACGGAAUCUUCUCAGAACACGAACAAGUUGAGUUUUCUGAUUCUGUUGUGUAUCACCGAGGACCAGUAUGCCAAUGCUUUGAUGCAUGACGCGAAUCUGUCCUUCCGGAUCAAGCUACAUCGUGCCCCUAUGCGACAUCGGAAGACGGCCGUCAAUUGGGAGACGGACUUCUCAUCUAAGAGUCUGGCUGUGGCCGUUCUCGAUCUGAUGGUGGAAUUUGUUCGCUCACACAUGAUGAAGCGGUUGCCUCACGAGUUGUACCUGCUCUGCCUAGCCGUCAUUCACCGCUUAUUGGCUUAUCAAAAGCGGUCCCGGGUUCGCUUGCACUACCCGUGGAAAGAGCUGUGGACGUCGUUGAUCGCUUUAUUGAAGUUUGUGUGCUCCAAUGAGUCCAGCCUAGUCAAGAAAAUGAAUAUAUUUGCAGUUGGCCUGCAAGUGGUGGUGAUCUUCAACCUGUUUGUGACUUAUGGUGACACGUUCUUGCCUUCCCCAAGUAGUUACGAUGAGCUUUAUUACGAGAUUGUGCGUUGCCAUCAAACAUUCGAUUCCCUAUACUCGAUAUCGCUGCGACAUUCCACCAGUGGAGGUGAGUACAAGGAUUCGGCUGUGCGGCUUACGAACUCCCUUGUCAACGUUCGAGCAAUCAUAGCUCACUUCAAUCCCAAAAUUGAUACUUGGCUGUCCUCGCAACAAUUGUCCACGCCUUCCGAAGAGCAGAUUCUCGAGGUAGUUAAAUCCAACUAUGACAGUCUCACCCUGAAACUUCAGGAGGGUCUGGACCAGUAUGAGCAUUAUGUAGAAUCUCCACGACAUUCCAGUUUCUUCACGAACCUAGUCAGAAGUGUAAUUCAUGAUACGAGGCAAAGUAUUGUGCUUAAUGACCUGGAGCUUCAAACGGUGCUACAGGACUUUUCCAGCAUUCAAUAAUGCGGUUUGAUGAGUGUUCGGUUUUAUUUUGUGGUGAUAUUGAUUUUCAAAACAACACUUUUGUAUGGAAUAUAGUUUUUUUUAAUUCUUUCAA